AUGCACAGCUCUGUGCACGGGCAGCAACAGUUCAAAGACUGGAGGCUGCCUGAGCUACAGUACAGGAUUGGUCCACAGCCCUGCCACUCUCAGCACAAAUACCCUCAGACUUCCUCUGUCCUCCAUUCCUGUGCAGCCUGGGAGGAGGAGGAGGAGGAAUGGAUGUGUGCUGUGAAAGUCGACAGAGCUCCCUCAGCCUGCUCCUUACCACCUGUCCUUGAGUGCACAGAUGAGACAGGCUGCAAACUCCUCCGGCACCUUUUGUGUGUUUGUGUGAGCGGCUUCCUUCUUUGUUUUGGUUUUUUUAGUCAUUUAUCUUCUCGUGUGUGCUGCUGUCUCUCUCUACCUGUGGUGCUGAGGAGAGGAGCGACUGUCCUCGGCCGGAGGAGCUCUGAUGGGAGGAGCUGCUGGCUGUGGUUGGUACUGGGGAUGCUGAGCGGUGGAAGGGAGGGCCUGUUUGAGCUGGGACAGCAGCUCCAGCAGCAGGGGGAGUACCAGGCUGCCCUUCACUGCUUCCUCAGCUGCCUCUUGGGACUGACCCAUGUGCAGAGUUUCACCUCUCUGCCCAACUGCUUACACCAGAUAGCAGAACUCUUCAUUACUGAAAAGAACUAUGGGAAAGCGCUGCAGUUUAUCCAGGCUGAGAAAAUGUUCUACGAGGUGGCGCUAAUCGAACUCGCUGCUCUACAGGGAAGCACAGGGCCUCAGGAGGAGGCCAUGCUGGGCUCUGCAGGAUGGAUGACCUCGGAGGAUAUUUCGGAGCAGGCCUCCCAGGCGCAGCACCUGGAGCGGCUGGCGCAGCUCUGCAUCAUGAGCAAACAACCUCAUCUUGCUCUGGAAUACAGUGGCCAGGCUGCCAAAAUCCACCAGAGGACCUUCGGUAAUGAUCACCCGAUCACAGUCAGAAGUCUGGAGCUCAUGGCCACCGUCUACGCUGAGAUCGGCAAAACUGAAUACUCAGAUUCCCUGGGUCAGUGUGUGUCUGCGCUGUCCAAGCAGUUUGCUGCUGCCGAGUCCCUCAGAGACUCGCUUAACUGUCUUCCUCAUUCCGACCGGGAGAAAUACUCAGAGGUCCACCACAGAAAGGACAGCCAUCACGGACAGGAGGACACAGCGACGUCUAAGGUGAUUAACAGCAAAAUCCCUACCUCCAUCCUAAAAAGGCCAAACUACGGGUCUGAGACAGAAACCGUCCACAGGCGGAAAGGCGAGCGGAGGGUCCGCUUCCGAGAGCCAGAGAAAACAGUACACGCCUAUGAUGCAACACCAUCCCGCCCCCACUUCGCUCUCUUCACUUUCCUGUUCCUGCUGAUGUCAUUACUGGGCGUGGCCAUGUACUGCACAGAUCGCCGGCGCCCACAGCGCGUGUGCGAGGAGCUGGAGGCUGCUUUGGCUGUCUACCUACUGCACAUGAAGCAGAUUCUUUGGGGCUGCUGGAUAUGGCUGACCAUGCAAUGACUCAGACCAACCACAGGUGGCGCCAUGGAGCCUUCCCACAAUCGCCUCAGUCCUUUGGCAAAAUCUCUACACACUGCUUGGUGUUGAUUCACUUUCACAGUGAAAAAGGGGGAAAGUAUCUAAUCCCAGAAAUAUACAACAUCCAUGUCUGUGUGUAUGUGUGUUGGCAGGCCUGUCAGUUAAGUUACACGUGCAAUUUUGUCACUUCUUCACAUUUACUUUCAGUCUAUGCAGCACUUUGUUGUACAUGAAUGAAUGUUGCCACAGAAUGUGAAUAUUUUUUUUGUUAAAUUCUAUUUCAAACAUUAUACAUGUACGUAUGUUUUGAUGUAUAAUAUACUAUAUUAAAGCUACAGUGUGCAGGAUUCCAGGGCGUUAGCAGAAUGGAAUAUAACCUUCAUAACCAUUUGUUCAUCAGUGUACAAUUAACUACCUGCAAAAAAAAAAAAAAAAAAAAAA